UUGGCCAUGGCCGAGGACAUGCAGCUGAAGCUGUGCCGCUACCGCACGGCGCCGUUCGACAGCCGCUUCCCCAACCAGAACCAGACGCGCAACUGCUGGCAGAACUACCUGGACUUCCAGCGGUGCCAGCGCGCCAUGGACGCCCGCGGCGCCGAUGCCACCCCGUGCCAGUGGUACUUCCGCGUCUACAAGUCCCUGUGUCCCACCUCGUGGGUGACGGCGUGGGACGAGGCCCGCGAGGAGGGCACCUUCCCCGGCAAGAUCUGAGCUGUCCCCAGGCCCGGGGACACCGGGGACGCGCCCGGCGGGGAGGUGACACCGAGGAGGGGACGCGCGGUGGCACCGGCAAUAAAGGGUUAAAACGCGG